AUGGUCUCAUUCUCACGUGCACAUCAUGUGCACACAGAAACCCCUCUCACGAUAGAAACCCCAGAGUGGACAACGAGUUGCUCUAACCCUCGCGAUCCUAUCCGUCGACGACGAAAACUCCACCGGCGAUCCUCCACCUCCGCGAUCCGCCUGCGAGUUAAACUCCACCGCGAUCCCCACCUCCCCUCUCACGCAGAAGAUGAAAACCUCGUUGCGCCCUCAACUUUCAGAGCCCUAACCCCUCCAUCAUCCCCGACAGCCUCCAUCAUCCCCAACAGCCUCCCGCAGGCAUCGGACCUUCCUGUGCUGCUCGGAGUUUCCAGAGGAUCCGCGUGCUGCGUGCUUUGCAACUCGCAGGUUCCAAAUACUUUGGAAGUCAUUUUGACUUUUGCCCAACUGGUCCUCAUGCUUGUUUCUAUAGAUCCACACCGAAAAAGGAAGACAACGCUGAGAUUGAACUAUCUGUUUAACAUUUUAAGCUUUCACAAAUUUUCUGAAAACUCUUACAUAACUUUCUAAAUUGUUGCAUCCCUCUUUUGGCAAUGGAGAUGUGUUUACUAUUUGUUUGAAAAAUAUUGUUAGUUUCUGAAGACUGGAAAAUGUUGUCUGUUUGAAAAAUGUUGUUAAUUAUCUUGCUCCUGGUUGAUGAUUCAAAGAGUGAUACAAAGAGUUAUAUAAAGAGUAAUACAAUGAUAUACAUUUCUUGAAAUA